CCUAUGGUCAGCAAGCUCACAAGAACGCCCGGGCCUUUUAAUGCACAGCCUUCAGACUUGUCUCAUGUUUUGGCCGUAAAAUCACUCAUUUCGUCUACCUAAAGCCUUGAAAAUCUUCACACAUCGAGUUCAAGUAUCCGGGGACACGUUUACAUCAAAAACUCUACAGUUUUACAGGAUAAUUUGGAAACAUUUAUAUCUUGAAGAUUAAAAGAUAUGAAUAACAAUAUGAAAAGCAGAAAAUAGCAUUUGACUGUGUCCAUCAAUAUCAUGACAGUUAUUGUCCCAGAGAUUAACACUCGGACAUCUGUGGAAAAGAUAGUAUCACCCCCAGCUACUGGGAUUAUAACAAAUGGCUUUGAAGAAUGGAAAGAUGAUGAAACACCUGACAAUGAUASUAUAACCAACUUACCACAGUGUUUGGAUGAAGAGACAUCCUUCACAGCAACAAUWAAGAGCACUUCUGAUUCAAUCUCAAUGGUCUUUUCCAAAAACAAAACUCCACAUAAGAAGGAAACAAGUAUGGCAAAUGGUUCUGUUUUUCCUGGAUCUGGGAUGAAAGUCGUCAGCAGAGGCCGUCGGCGCAGUGUAGAUAAGCAGUAUAAGCCAACACAGCCAACCAAUAGUGGUGGUAGUAGAGGUAGCACUAGAAGAAGUGGAAGGUAUCAAAAUUAUGACAAUAAUUCUAGUAAUGGAAACUCAGGAGCUGAUGGAAAUGGUGAAGACAAUGAUGACAGUGAUGACGAUGAUGAUGAUGAAUAUAUAGAUGAAGAUGAUGAUGAUGAAGAAGAGGAUGAGGAAGAGGAGGAAGAGGAAGAGGAUGAUGAGGAUAAUAAAAAUGAAGAAGAAGAUGAAGAUGAAACUGCAAAYGGGCGAGACAAAACUGCUAAUAGUAUGGAUAGCAUCAAUGAAAAACUCUUGAGCUCACUGAACAUUAAGGGUUCAGAUGAUACAUCUGUGGUGAUGAUGAAUUCAGGGACCUCUGAGAUGACGUUAGCACCUGCUCCAUCAGGUACCCCAGUAAACCUGGAGGGAGUUAUCURCCAUGAGACAAUGGGAGGUGUUUUAGUAGUGAACAUAAAGUGGCGUAACAAGAUUUAUUGUGGUUCUCUUAUGGAUUGUACUAGGCAUUCUUGGGCUAGACCCAGAUUUCAGUCAUCAGACAGUAGUAAUCAAGGCAAAACAAGACUGGGCAAAAAUAAUGGCAGAGGGAAAGGCAAGGGAAGAGGAAGGAGAUUGAGAAAUGAAUCAGUAAACAGAGAUAAUGCUAAUAAUCAUACAGUGAGUCCCCUAAAGCAAAAACUACGUGGGAGAAAGAAAACCAUGUCAGGAAGUUCCACUGAUAAAAGGACUGGCUUUCGUUCAAGUAAAAGAAAGGCAAAGAACAACGAUGAUGAUAGUGACGACUCGAUAAGACCCGGAAAAAGAAGUUGUACCAUGAAAGGGGCUCCAUCACCUCAACCAUCACCAACUCUUAUCGAAUGUCCUGAACCAGGCUGUGAGAAGAAAUACAAACAUAUUAAUGGUCUGCGGUAUCAUCAGGCCCAUGCGCACCUGGAAUCUAAGACUCAGGAUGACGAUGCGAACUCGGACGAUAGAUCCAGCACUACUCCUUCCCCAAGCGAUGAAUUCAAAGAACCUGAUCCAAGAAUAACCACAAAAGGCAGGGCGUCAUCCAGAAACCGCAGUGAAUCGCCUUCCAUUACACAGGACAAAAACAACACUAACAUCGAUAAAGAUGUCAGUAAUACAGAAGCCGAUAAGAAACCUAAGAACGAGCCAAUCAAAGACGAGGAUGAGCCUGCAAAUUUAUGGGAUGCGGAACCUGAGAAAAAGCCAGAUGAUAAUGAAGUUGUGGAUAAAAAWCAGAAAGAAGAACCUAAAAAGGAGGAACAUAUUGAUGAUAAAAGUAAUACAAUAGACGUAAACGAAAGUCCCGAAGAAAAUGGCGAGGUAUGCGAUGUGAAAACCCAAGAACAUAGCAUUGAAGGAGAAUUCGUUGAAGUUGCCGACAAGUCAACGGAUACUCGUAUGAUGAACUCUACUGGAGAAUCAAAAGAAGUGACGUCAUAUCCGUGCGACAAGCACACUGGGAUCUCCCUAGAGAUGGUAAUACCAGCAAGUGAAGUACCGGAAGUGGCAGACACACAGGAAGUGUGUGUGACUGUCCUUGACAGUGGCUGUAUCAGUAAUACAAAAUACGAGGARUCUGGGUCUGUGAAUAUUGAUGAUGUCAUUAGUAGCCAAAGCGAGGCUAUGGAUGACAAUGUUAAGCUAGAAAAAGCUGAGAGCCAAGAUUUUGGUAAAGAAAGCGAGGUCGAUUCUGUCUUUGACUMUAAAGACGACAGACGACAGAUAAUGUUGACGACUGGUAGUAUAAAUCAGCUGGGAAUUGAAGUGGAGGAUAUUAGUGAAAACGAAGAGGAUAUAGAUCCUGGGCAAGACACAGAAUUCAACAGUCGAGAAGAAAUGGAAAAGGCWGUAGAAAAUUUACAGACUGGCUCGUUCGUCGCUUCUAUGAGCACAGAAAAUAACUUACAAAUGCUCUCUUCUUUAAAAGAUCCUAGUUUGAUCUUUGGACUAACUAACAGAGAUAAAACCAGCGAGGAUGGUGCAACAACUACUGAUACUAGUCGUACUGAAGAUAUUUUCUCGAUUCUUCCACGGAAUAGGCAGUUGAACGAUGAGGAUGCUGAUCAGAUUACAGAGAAUUCGAUUGAUUCUGAGUUAGAGGUCGCCACGCGGCCUUUGAUUGGAGUAGCGGGCGAGAAUCGAGACGACAGCAAAAUUUCGGCUGAUUCUGUCCCUUCCUUGUCUGCUAAGUCAGAACACGAAACGCUUGAGAAAUCUUUUAGUAACUCGCCGUCGUCUAUGAGUGUAGAAAACCUUGUGUCUCGUAGCAUCUCUGCAAGUAAACUACAACCACCUUUGACUAAUACCGACACUCCAUCAAGUCGUUUUAAAUACUUUACGUGUAGAAGCUAUGGCGAUGAAGCUUAUAGUCGGACUGCUUCCAAUAUCACUAAUACUAAUGCUGUGACUACUCUGGCUUUAAUACGAGACCCUGACUUAAUAAAACAAGAUAAUUUAUCGGAGAAGAAUGCGAACUCUAUCGACUUACAGGCAGCUACAAUGAACACACAUAAAGAUCCCGUGGCGAGCGUUGUGGAAAAUGUAGGACCUAGCUAUACGGGUUCUGCGGGAUUUGAUCGGGAUUGUACGACAUCGUCAAUACAUACUAGAGGUCCUAAGGAGGAGCACAAAGGAGAGAGCUUUAYGGGGGAUAUCAUUAGAUCUAAGAAUUACGGGUCAACGGGGAAUCUUAGUGUUGAUAAACAGCGCCGAAAUGAAUCCAGCUCUAAAGUGUCUUUUAGCUCUCCAAAAAGUGCUAUCACCACUACCGCUACUACUUAUAACUUACAACAAUAUAGUCCCAAAUCCGAAGAAUCUAACAGUAUAAAAAAGGACAGCAAUGAUGAUGUUGGUUGGGUUAACUUAGAGAAGGAAAGUUCGAACCAGUCAAAUGAAGGUGAUGUUUCWAGUGCUCUUUCGGAGGGUACUGGUGAUGAAGGAAAGAAAGACGGUGACAGGGAAAAGUCAUCAUCGAGGAUGUUUCUAAGGCAACCGCCUACAUUGAUUCCAAAACAUAGCAGACCAACRCCCCCGAUACUUCCGGUGGGCGUGGCUCAUCCUUAUCAGUACAGCACAGUGUCUGUCUGUGACAUCUCCUGGUCGUCAAGAGCUGUGUCGACCAGAACCUGUAUGUCAUAACACGCCUUCCAAACCCGAUACAGAACUAGAAAGCAAGCCUCCAAUACUCAAGAAAGUCGUCGCAGAAAAAGCGCACCCUAUCCCAGUGGGAGAAGUAGGCCCGGUAGCUGUAAAACGACCUGCAAUACACGCGGGACUACCUACAGUCAUACCCGCAGGGGCACCUGUACUCAAGAGUCAGGGGUCGUUACAUACUUCAAUCAGACAAGGUCUCAAGCCACCAGGUCAAGAAGAGCGAGCCUCAACACCUGGAGGUCUGAGCUCUAGAUUGUCUGGUAGUCCCAGACCUAUGCCCAGUAGUCCGCGACCAUUAUCGACUAGUCCCAGGCUCCCGCUGCCAAAGGCUAAGAUCUCCGAGAAUAAAUCUUCUACGGCUAAUGAGAGUCUUAGCUCAUCUUCGUCAUCAGAAAAAUCGGUCAAAGAUACUGAUACUGAUGUCGUCAUCGUAAAGGAAGAGCAUGAGCCUGCAAGUGACAAGGGCAGCAGCAUCGAUGCAGAGAAGAUAAAGGACAGGAAGCGAAGCCCUUACCAAUCGUCAAAGGUGCAACUGACUACUGAAAAUUACAUGUACCAGCUGCAACAGAGACAAAUGUAUCAGGCUGGCAUGGAAUUAGCUUACAUGCCGCCUUUCGCGAGCCCUUGGCACCUCAGCAUGUCUCCCGAACGGAUAAAACUAUUACAACAACAUCAUUAUCGUAUGAGAGCCGAGGAAGAGACCAGAGAGAUCUCAAAGAACCCAAAGGAAGAUCCUAACAAACUAAGAAUGGAGAAACGAGAGUCCAGUAGUUCCAURGAAAGACGCACAGCAUCAGAAGGGCGAACAACUGAACAGGUCGUAAGAAGCACUCCACCACGACCAGAAAGACGGCUUAUUACGGGUAUUUCAUCCCCCAGCGAAGUAUCUAGAAGUAGUACAUCUGAUGGGUUGAACCRGGGGGUGCCGCGCUUAACCCAGGUGGACGAACCUCCAGAGAAGAAGAUGAGAGCAGAGUAUUCAAAGAGUGAUGAUGCAGAACGAGAACUUCAAAARCUAAGACAUAAAAGACAAGAAGAAUACUUGUCCAAGCAAAGCAUGCAGCACAAGUUUACUAUGUUCAAGCAACUAGAGAGUGGUGGAGGUGCUGCUAAAACGCAUUCUAUACCACCACUGACCACUACCAAUAAAGAUCGACUGGGAGAAAGAGAAGACGACUAUCCCAAAUCGAAAUAUGCCCAGCGGUCUCCUUAUGGAGAAAGUCUACAACCAAGAACACAGGAAACAAGUAAAGUGACUACCUCAAAUGAAGCAAACUCAUCCGACUCAUCUAAAAGCAGAGACACUAAUCGAGACAGCUCCAGAGACACCCACCUCAAACCAACAAGCAAGCAUACAUGGACAUCAUCAUCAUCAUCAUCAUCAUCUAGACUUUCCGAUACCCCUCCCAGUGAGAGGACAUCAUCAUCAUUUAGACCUACACAAUUCCAGGCAUAUCUACAACAUAAUCAGAUGAUCGAACCGAUGAAUUAUGAUCCUGCUACAGGUAAUCCAGUGUUAAUACAAACUUCAAUGGCUUUAAUGCCACAUCAACUGCCCAUGGAACUUGGAGGAGCCAUGAAUCUGUCGUCUACAAGUGUUAUAACAUCAUCAGUAUCAACUCCUACAUCUGUACCUUCACGGCUUAAAGAACGAGAACGUUUAAGCCCAUACAGAGGGACUAACGUUGAUCAAUCACCUUCAAGUUCUUCACAUUCACAUUCGAGAUCUUCAAGAUCUCGCAGUCCAGGUAGAGAUGCAUCACCAAAACCAUCAUCUCAUUCCAAAUCUACAUACUCCAGAAACAAUGAUAGACCAAGAAGUCCACUAUCACAUGCACGCAGUCCUUACAAAACUCCUGAUAAAACCCCUUCUAGUUCACCUUCAGUAGUAUCUAGUUCUCAUCUACACAGAAGUGGUGGUGAACGCAUGUCUAGUACAGCCACAGUAGGGUCUAGAAGUUCACACAGAAAUAGUGAAAGAUCAUCAAGUCCAUUGAAACACAGCCAUAAAGAGUCAUAUAGAGUACCAACAAGUUCGCCAUCGAGAAGUUCUGUUUUCAACAGAGGGGAUAGGUCGGCAUCACCUCCUAGGAGCCAAGCACACAAUGAAUAYCGAUUCAAACAGCGAUCCGAGUCCAGCAGUAAUACAGUAUCAACAGACAGCUUGUCAAAGGCUAAAACUGCGCAUGAAGACCCCGGAUAUAGAGGACAAGAGAGACGUGAUGCUGAAGCAGCCUUACAGCUAAGACCAGGGAUAAUAUCAAAUAACUUGGCUGUUAGAAGAGGGGACGUUACUCCCAGUAUGUUAAUGGUUACACCWGCUCAAGAAGAGGAACUAAUUAGAAGACAUCAUCAUUAUAUGUUAUACAUGCAACAACAAGAACAGGCUGCUUAUGCAAUGAUGUCCUCAAAUCAACAAAAUGCUCCUAGAUCAGGUUCCUACUAUGCAAAGAGACAAUAAAGAUGACACUCGAAUGGCAGCCUUACAUGUACGGCAUCACAUGCACACUUCCUGGAGUUCGAAACCCUUUACUUCUAUGACUUUCGAAAGCUUUCAUGUAUAAAUAUUCUUUGAACGUUUCUCCCACUUUGAGUGGGUUCAGGGUGCAAGCCAUGGAAUAGCUAGACGUCAUCCAUUCUCAAGCCCUAAAGAUACCUCAGCUGGGUCUCCCAGUUUGAGUGGGUUCAGGGUGCAAUCCAUGGAAGAGCUACAACAUCAAACAUUACAUCUACUCUGUGCAUACACUGGUGAUUAUCCUUGUAUUGUGGAAUCUUAAGACGUCAUCCAUUUUCAAGCCCUAAAGCUGCCUCUGUUGAGUCUAUUAGUUUGAGUGGGUUCAGGGUACAAUCCAUGGAAGAGCUACAGCAUCAAACAUUACAUCUACUCCAUGCAUACAGUGGUGUUGACUACUGUUUUAUGUCAUCUCAAGAUGUCAUCCAUUCUCAAGCCCUAAAGAUGCCUCUGUUGGGUCUCCAGUUUCAUACACAAGAACGAGAUUCAUUUUCAUAACAAAACGUUUUUAUUACGACAAAAGACAACGUUCCUGUUCACAUAUUUGUUGUAAUUCUAUUUCUUUGGUCUUAUAAAACAUCGAAGCAGAUCCCUUUAUGACUGGKAAUAUUUGAAGUGGUUUAGAUAAUCUCUGUGGUGUUUGGCUGAUCUCUUUAUCUGUUGCAUGAAGGACACGAGUGAAGCACUGAUAGACGAUGCUGUCUUUUUCUUGCUAAUAUACAAGCUAAAGAUUUUGCAGAUAGUAAAAUGAUACUAGGAAAUAAAAUCGCACGGAGUGUCACUAGUUAACGAGAGGGUUUCYCUAGCAGCAUUGUUGUAGGACAGGAAAAAUGCAACAACGUUUGAAUCAUAAGGGAUUUUUAAAGUUGCCCUACAGCAUGGGUGCCAAGAAACCCAUUCAUAGACCCCUUGCAAUGAGUCCCAAGAGGAAUUGUUCUGGGGGGCAAAACAAUUUUUGUAUAAGAAAAGACGGUCUAUUGGUUUGUCCCCCAGAACAAUUCAGCCUCUAGGGUAUCAAUGCAAGGGUUCUAUAGAGCGUUUUCACUCACGUGGCAAGGCGGACAUAUUGGUUUUACCAAACAAUAGAAACUUUCUGCACAGUUUUUGCAUCAAAAUAAAGUUCAGUUCCCCGAGGAUAGAAUAUGCUUUGUUUUGGUACACUAAAGCCCCGUUUACACUGGCGAUUUUUGCGGCGAUUUUUGUGGCAAUUUUUGGAAAUAUGAAAUCUUUCUCAUCCUUCAAAAGAGACAUUCGUCUAGGAAAAUCUUGGUAUCCUGAAAAAAACUUUACAAGUAAAUUCUUUACCAUUAUUUAUUACGGACAAAAUCGCAGCAAAAAUCGCUAGUGUAAACGGGGUUUAACAUGGUCGCUGUGACGUCACGUGAAAACCCUCUAUAGAGUCAUGGUGUAAUCAUAUAUUAUAAAUUAUUCACAGGAAUCCCAAACAAGAAAAUAACAAUCUAAAUCCAUAGAAUAAAUAAAUAAGUAAAAUUCAUAGUGAUUCCAAAAAAACUGCUUGAUGUUUUAUAAGCCUAGAGCUAAUCAACUAGUGAUUUAAAAUCAGGGGUACAUAAAAAAAUGUAUGGUCAAUGAUCCAAUAUAAUACAUAGAUAUUUUUAUGAAAAGAUAAUUUUAUUUUGUUUUUUGUAGCAAUCCAAUCAAACAUGAAAAAGAUGAAAAUAAAAUUUG